AGACCGUUUCCGGUUACUUUCAAAGAUGGCGGCGCCCUUAUGUAAACAUGCGACUUAAUCUGGAAGCAAGUGGCGUUCACGUUAAACAGUUAAAAAGCACGUUUUCAUUCGCGUGAUAUCGAGCAGUUUGACAUUAACCUCCAAUGCUGGUUUGUUAACAAUUUCGACAUCAGCUUGUGAGCUAUUACCGAGCCAGGAAGGUAACAUUAGCGAGCUAACGUUAGCUCGGCAGCAGACAGCCAUGCCAGCGCAGACCAUCUUCGUUGGUUCUCUACCAGCUUCAGCUUCAAAUGAACGUUUAGAGGAGAUAUUCUCUGAAAUUGGACCGGUGAAACAAUGCUUCGUGGUCAGAGAAAAGGGCGCAGAAAAAUGUCGGGGAUUUGGAUAUGUCACAUAUUCAAUGGAGGAAGAUGCACAACGAGCCUUGACAGAAAUAAAAGAAUACGACGGACAGAGGCUUUCUCUGUCAGUGGCGAGGAAGAAAAUGAAAGACAAAAGGAAAACAGCACCCAAAGAGCCUGCUGCUGCUGCACCGAAGGAAACUGAGCAGAAAUCCAAAGGCUUCAGGAAAAACACGUUGAAAGCUAGACUAAUCAUAAGGAACCUUAGUUUUAAGUGCUCAGAAGAUGAUCUGAAGCAAGUUUGUGGAAAGUUUGGAAAAGUUCUCGAGACCAAAAUCCCCCUCAAACCUGAUGGGAAGAUGCGAGGAUUUGCGUUUGUUCUUUUUAAAAAUGUGUCCGAGGCAGCAAGAGCGCUCAAUGCCUUGAACCUGAAGGAGAUAAAAGGUCGGCAGGUAGCAGUAGACUGGGCUGUGCCUAAGGACAAAUAUAUUGCCACACAGCCAUCCUCAAGUGCAGGAAAUAAGAAUACAGAGGAGGCAACUGCAAAACAGUCUGACGCAGAGAGUGACACUGAAGACGAGGAAGAAGGAAAGGCACAAGCAGCACCUGAGAAGAAAAAAGUCAUUUCGAAACCAGCUGUGCAGCAAGUGGAGGAAUCCCAAUCAGAUGAUGAAGACGUUAGCGAGGAACAAGACAGUGAGGAGGAGGAGGAGGAGGAGGAAGAAGAAGAAGAAGAAGAAGAUGAAAAAGAUGAGUCUCAGGAGGGAGGAGAUGAUGAUGAUAAAAGUAGCCUUGAUUCAAAUGAUGAUGAAGAUGAGAGCGAGGAUGAAGAUGAGGAUGAAGAUGAGGAUGACGACGAAGAUCAAUCAGCUCGAAAGAAGAAAACCUCAAAGAAACUUCUCCCUUCAGAUGUGAAAGAGGGCAGAACAAUUUUCAUCAGAAACCUGUCCUUUGACACAGAGGAAGAGGGUCUUGAGGAAAUUCUCCUGAAGUAUGGCGAGCUUAACUACAUAAAGAUUGUUCUCCACCCCGACACAGAACAUUCAAAAGGUUGUGCAUUUGCUCAGUUUAAGACCAAAGAGGCUGCAGACAGAUGCAUAGCUGCAUCGCAGGAUGAGGCAGAGAAUGGUGGCAUCCGUGUAGAUGGCAGAAAGCUUUACAUUGUGGCAGCAGUGAGCAGGGAGGAUGCCGCCAAGCUGAAAGUGAACAAGAUUAAAGUAGAAACGGGCACCAGGAACCUUUACCUGGCCAGAGAGGGAUUGAUCCGUGCUGGGACCAAGGCUGCAGAGGGUGUGCCUGAAGCAGACAUGAUCAAAAGAACUAGAUUUGAAGAAAUAAAGAGGGCCAAGCUUCGCGACAUAAAAGUGUUUGUGUCAAAGACUCCUUGUGUCCAUAACCUGCCCAAGUCAGUGGACAAUAAAAAGCUCAAAGCGCUCUGCCUCCAAGCAGUAAAAGGAAGCAAGGGAGUCCGCAUCACAGAGUGUCGGGUUAUGUAUGACAAGAAGCCAGAGAGGGGUCAGGUGAUGGGACAGUCGUUAGGUUAUGGCUUUGUCCAGUUCCAGGACCACGAACAUGCUCUUAGCACACUUCGUUACCUUAACAACAACCCUGACAUCUUUGGCUCACACAAGAGACCCAUUGUUGAGUUCUCCCUGGAGGAUUCAAGGAAACUCAAAAUAAAAGAAUUGCGACAACAAAAAAACAAGGAGUUUUUCAGAAAACAGCCUUUUAAAGGAGGAGCCAAACCUCAGUCCCAGACAGCUGGAGAUGGACCUAGGAAAGGUGGAAAUCAAGCACAGUCCUCAUCAGAGCAGACACCAGAGAGAGCUGCUCCUUAUUGCCAGAAGCAAAGCAGACGCUAUUUCGGCUUCCAGACCAACCCUGAGGUCGAGCAUAUAGAUUUGGAAACGAAAGAACGCAGGAAGGUUCUUGCUUUGCCCUCCCAUCGGGGACCUAAGAUCAGAAUGCGUGACAAAGGAAAGCAACAGGCCCCACCACCAAAUAAAGCAAAGCCCGGAUCAAAAAGGAAGGAGCGUCAAAGACGAGAUGGAAAAGCCCACCAGCCCAGAAACCAGAAAGUUAAAAUGCCAAAGAAGCAUUUGAAGAGAAGGGAUGGAGACCGCUUUGACAGCCUGGUGGAGCAGUACAAGAAGAAACUGAUGAGUAACAGUGACAAGAACACCAGCAUCAAACGAAACAAGUGGUUUGACAGUUAAUGCUGUGUGUGCAUGCAGGUGUGAGGUGUGUGUGAGGGGGAAAAAAUUAGUCUUAAAGUGUUUAAGGCCAUAACAGAGGUCCCCUAUAUUCCACAUCUUGAGGCUUUUAUAGUACAAUGGUUCUCAUAAAUUUCCUUUUGUUUCAAAUUGUACAGUAUAUGAUGCCCAUGUGUAAACUGUCACUUCAUUCAGUCUGUUCCUGAAUUUCUGUAAUCCAUGCUUUAAAAACUAAAACAAACAAAUGUCAGUAUAGUUUUGUUUGUGUACAUGCCUUUUUAGAAAAAAUAUAACAAACCCUUGAAUUUGUGUUAUCUUUACACUUUGGCAAUAAAUCCAUAAUUGUUGUAUUGGCA